GCGUUUCAAAAAUAUAAAAAUGAUGUCAAACAAAACAUGGCCAUGUUGCAGACAUGGAAAGCUGCUCUCACUCAAGUGGCAGACAUAGUUGGGUGGGAAUCAAAGAAUUUUAGGACGGAGAGUGAACUCAUUGAGGAAAUUGUCAAAGAUGUUAUGCAAAAACUAAACCAUAUGUAUCCAGCUGAAGUAAAAGAAACACUUGUUGGAAUUGAUCAAAAUCUUGCUCCUAUUGAAUCAUUAUUGAGACUAAGGUCAAAAGAAGUUCGCAUAAUUGGAAUUUGGGGAAUGGGUGGAUUAGGUAAGACAACCAUUGCGAGCGCUUUAUUUGCCAAAUUAUCAUCUCAGUUUGAAGCUAGUUGCUUCUUGGCAAAUGUAAUGCUAGAACAUGAAAAGAAAGGACUUGAUUAUUUGCGCAAUAAACUUCUUUCUGAGAUAUUAGAAGAUGUGAAUCCCCAUAUAAGCACUUCCAAAGUGAGAUCUACGUUUGUUAUGAAGAGGCUUAGACAGAAAAAGGUUUUGAUAGUGCUUGAUGAUGUGGACGAUUCAAAGAAACUCGAAGAUCUUGUUGCACAACAUGAUUGCUUGGGAUCUGGGAGUAGGGUCAUUGUCACUACAAGAGACAAGCAUGUCCUUAGCAAAGGGGUAGAUGCAAUCUAUGAGGUUAAGGGAUUGUCCCUUGAUCAAUCUGUUAGGCUUUUUAGUUUAAAUGCCUUCGGGAAAACUUAUCCUGAAAGGGGCUUUGAAAUGCUGUCUAAACAAGCGGUUGAUCAUGCAAAUGGAAAUCCAUUGGCUUUAAAAGUUUUAGGUUCAGUUCUCCAUUCCAGAAAUGAGCAGCAAUGGGACAAUGCUCUGAGAAAAUUCAAGAAGGUUCCCAAUGCUGAAAUUCAGAAUGUCUUGAGAUGGAGUUAUGAUGGAUUAGAUUAUGAACAAAAAAACAUGUUCCUGGACAUUGCAUGCUUUUUCAGAGGAGAAAAUAAAGAAAAUGUUAUAAGGUUGCUCGAAUUUUGUGGUUUCUAUGCAUAUAUUGGUAUAAAAAUCCUUCUAGAAAAAGGUCUUAUAACUUUUUCUGAUAAUGGUGACGUCUGUAUGCAUGAAUUGAUACAGGAAAUGGGUUGGGAAAUUGUUCAUCAGGAGUCUAUCAAAGAUCCUGGAAGGCGUAGCCGAUUGUGGGAUCUUAAAGAAAUCUAUGAUGUGUUGAAAAAUAACAGGGGAACUGAAGCAGUUGAAGGCAUAAUCUUAGAUGUGUCUCAAAUAAGAGUCCUGCUGCUGAGCUAUGAGACUUUCUCAAGGAUGAUAAAUAUGAGAUUUCUCAAAUUCUAUAUGGGGAAGAGUAGGAAAUGCAAUUUGCACCUUCCUUCAGGUCUUGAAUCCUUGCCUAAUAAAUUAAUGUACCUACAAUGGGAUGGAUACCCUUCCAAGUCUCUGCCAUCAACUUUUUGUCCUGACAACCUUGUUGUGCUUUCAAUGAUGGAAAGCUACGUUGAGAAACUUUGGGAUGGAAUCAAGUGUCUUCCAAGCUUGAAGGAGAUGAACCUCCAUGCCUGCAAAAAUUUAACUAAUCUCCCAGAUUUAUCUCAGGCACCAAAUCUUGAAACUAUAGAUGUUUCUAAUUGCACAAGUCUGCUUCAUGUUCCCUUAUCCAUCCAAUAUGUCAAGAAGCUUCUUCUGUUUAACUUGGAAUCCUGCAAGAGUCUCAAGAGUCUUCCAAGAAACAUUCACUUAACUUCUCUUGAUAUGUUCAUUCUCAGACGCUGUUCUAGUCUUGAUGAGUUUUCAUUGACUUCGGAGAACAUGACACGCCUGGACUUGAGAGAAACAAAAAUAGCAGAUUUCCCAGAGACUGUUUGGCAGCAUCUGAACAAGCUUGUUUACUUGAAUCUGGAAUCCUGCAACAAACUCAAGAGCCUUACAAGCAAGAUUCACUUCAAAUCUCUUCAAAGACUCAAUCUGAGAGAUUGUUCAAUUCUUGAAGAGUUUUCUGUGACUUCGGAGAGCAUGGAAUACUUGAAUUUGAGAGGCACAUCAAUAAGAGAAUUGCCAACAUCAGUUUGGCGCAAUAACAAGCUUUAUACUUUGGUUCUUCAUUCCUGUAAAAAACUGGUGAGUUUUCCUGAAAGACCAAAACUUGAGGAUUCAUCUCUUGUAUCCUUCUCUGAAAGGCCAAAUAUGCAUGAACUAUGGACUUUGUCAUCCUUAGCAGAUUUAUCACUAAAGGGAAGCACUAUUGAGAAUUUACCUGCAAGCAUCAAAGAUCUUCCUAGUCUAAAAAAACUUACCUUGACUGAGUGCAAGAAGCUACAGUCCUUACCAAGCCUUCCACCAUCUUUGGAAGACUUAUCCUUAGAUGAAAGUAAUAUUGUGUGCUUACCUGUAAGUAUCAAAGACCUUUCUCAUUUGAGAAAACUUGCCCUAAUUAACCACAAGAAGCUUUUGACUCCACAGGAUCUUCCACCAUCUUUGAAAGCUCCAUUACUCAGUGAAAGUAAAGUCGAUCCACAUCUUGUGAGCAUGAAGGGUCUUUCUCAACUACAGAUGUUUCCUCAGGUUAAGUGGAAAAUGUUUCAUUCUCUACCAGAGCUUCCACCAUUCUUGGAAGAAUUUUCACUAAGUGAAAGCAAUAUUAAGUUCCUGCCUGAAAGCAUUAAAAAUCUGUCACAUAUGAGGAAACUAGCCUUCACAAAGUGCACGAGGCUGCAGUAUUUACCAGAGCUUCCGCCAAAUUUGGAAGAUUUGUUUGUAAGUGGAUGUGACAUUGAAAGCUUGCCGAUAAGCAUCAGAGAUCUGGUUCACUUGCGAAAGAUCACCUUAAUUGAGUGCAAGAAGCUCAAGGCUCUACCAGAGCUCCCACAAUGCCUGCAAUCAUUGUGUGCAGCUGACUGCAGAUCACUUAAGAUUGUUCAAAGUACAAAGAAUAUCUUAAUAGAAGAUAGGUAUACAUUCUAUUGGAAUUGCAUAAACUUAGACCAAAAGUCACGCAACAACAUCAUUGCAGAUGCACCCUUUGAAGCAGCUUUUACUUCUUUGAAAGAAAGAAUACCUCUUGGACCUCUUAUUUCUAUUUGUUUGCCAGGAACUGAAAUCCCAGACUGGUUCAGCCACCAAUCAACAAAUUCUUCACUGGACAUGGAAAUUCCUCUAGAGUGGUUCCUUGACUCGAUGUUCUUAGGUUUUGCUCUGUGCCUUGUAAUUGGUGGUUUCCAACAGAACAGUUAUGAAGGGUAUGAUCCAGAUAUCAAUUGUUAUCACUUUGUAAAAUCUGCCUCCUACUCUGGCCCCAGUGAUCCCUUUCUUGGACAUUGCACAACUGUAAUGCAGGUCCCUAGAGGUUUUAAUUCAGAUCAUAUAUUUAUAUGCUACUAUCCCACUUUUAAUGCCUCCAUAUUACAAGAUUUCAAGGAUUUAAGCUUGUACUAUGAUGCCAAUAACUUAAAACUCAGAGUAAUCUUUAAAUUCAAGGGUCCAUCUCAACGGUUGGACAUUGUUAAGAAGUGCGGGGUCAGACCUCUUUUGAUCGCAAAUACUGAAAGGCAUCACAUAGAAAGUGAAUUGCAACCUGAAUAGAAGGGAGUAUGAAAGUGGAACUUGGAUUGUGAAGAUAUAUUAACUGAGAUGAGAAAGAACCAGAGGGAUAACCUGAAGAAAAGCAAAGGUUUUGUGUCCAGUGGUCGCUGAGCAGAGAAAAAGAGUGCAUCUUGAAACCAUAGGUAAUUUUUCAGGAGAACUUCGAGUACUCGAGUGUCGAUCCACAUGUGUCAUUUCUUGCAGAGGUCCAAAACGGUUAGUCUGUUACAAAGUAAUGUCUUCAGAUGUACAAGGAUAGAUGUUCUGACGUUCCUUGAGGAAAAAACAUUUUCUAUUUCCUUUUAAAAGGAUGAAAUCUUCAGUGCGUUCUAUUU